AUGAUUGCCUUGUUGGCCCUGAGCUACUGGGUCAUCUCCAGAGAGGCGACGGCGCCCUUGCACCCUUUCGAGUUCCAAGCGCAACAUGCGAAGCCCGACGAUGCGUCCGUCCUCCAAGGCGCCGGCAACUGGACCGUCUUGUUCGCCUACUACUGCCUCCUGAUCCACUUUUUAGUUUUUGUUUUCCCUCUCAGAGCGUGCUGGGCGAUCCUCGACCUCACCAAGAGCAUAGACAAGGCGCGCGCCAAGACCUUGCGGGAGCUGAAGCUCACCGGGCAGCGGCGCGGGUCCUCGGCUUCGCUUUCUAGCUCCGAUACGAUGCUUGCAUCCUCCAACGCAACUUCCUCCUCGAGUAGCGAAGCCGGCGAUUUCGAUAUCGAGCUUGCGGGCGCCGAGAGCCACAUUAUUCAUGCGAUCAUUAUUCCCAAUUAUAAGGAAGAGAUGGACACCCUGCGAGAGACGCUCGAUGUUCUCGCUUCGCAUGGGCCCGCGAGCACUAAUUAUGACGUCUACCUCGGAAUGGAACAGCGCGAAGCAGAGGCCCAGACCAAGGCCCUCCAGCUCAUUGACGAGUUUGCCUCGAAAUUCCGGUUCAUCGGCUACACUCUUCAUCCCGGCGACAUCCCAGGCGAAUCCGCUGGCAAGGGUAGCAAUGUUGCUUGGGCUGCUCGAAAGCUUAGCGAAAGGUAUCCGCUCGAGAAGCGCAAAGAUGUCGUCGUAACCGGCAUCGAUGCUGACAGCCACCUGUCGUCGAAUUAUUUUGCGCUCAUUUCUUCCAUGCAUCUCAGCUCACCGGAGACGGCCACCAAGACCCUGUACUCGGCCCCAAUCAUCUUUGAUAGGAACGCGCAUAAUGUGCCCGCCAUCGUUCGGGUUGCCGAUAUUCUCUGGUGUGCCGCCGGCCUUUCGGGACUCUACAGCGGAUCCACUAUUGCGCCGCCCACUUCGGUCUACUCUUUGAGUCUCGAGCUUAUUGACCGCGUCGGAGGCUGGGAUUGUGACAGCGAGGCGAUUGGAGAGGAUCUCCACAUGUACCUCAAGUGCUUCUUCGCCCUCAACGGAAAUUUGACAUCGCGCACAGUUUUGAGUCCCGUGAGCCAGAGCAACGUGACGGGAGGUGGGAAGGAGGGCAUGGUCGGAAUUUAUAUGGACAUGAACGCCCGAUAUAAACAAGCUCUGCGGCACAUGUGGGGUGCAUUGGACACCGGAUAUGCCCUGCGCCAGCUCGUGCAUUUAUGGCGCGAGCGAAAGAGGACCUCCCGAGCUUUCCGGCCUCUUCAUCAAGCAAUUGGCGAUUCUUCCGAUGAUUACCUCCCGGAUCAUGCUGGUGGCGCCCACGACCUGGAGGCCGGUGGUGACGGGGGCAUCUUCUCUGACACCACGGUCGACACCUUGGAGGGACCCCAUUGGGAGCGAAUCUUUUAUCUCUUCCACCGUCUCUUCGAAGCCCACUUCUUGCCGGUUCAGAUGACGAUUUUGGUCUUUGCAUCUACCCUGUAUGUAUGGAUGACCAAGAACGGGAUGGAUGCCCACAAUUUAGCCUGGAUCUUCUCCGUCUGCAACGUCCUACGCGCACUCGGGUUUAUGGAAGUGGUUGUCUAUCUCGGCUUGUACGAACGCUUCCACCGCAUCUGCGUCAAGUCGAGGCAGCAAGAGAUGACGGACGCCGGCCUCGCCGUGGGCAUGCGCUUCUCUCACAGGACGCUGAAGAAGAACGUGGUCGACUAUGUCAUGGCGCCGCUCGUCGCACCGCUGUACGGUGCUAUCCCCUGUGCGCAGGCCCAGAUUUGCCAUUUCUGGACGGUGGACCUUGUGUACGCCGUGAGCAAAAAGGUGACGCGGAAGCGAGCCCAGCCCGCGGGUGAAGAGAUGGCGUAG